CAUGCAACAGCUGUUUAUACCUGAAAUUAAUUGUGAUUUUGCGAUUCCAAGCCAUUCAGCUCAAUAUGACCGACUUACCGCACAAAUCAUCUACCAGCAACACGCUGCUUGGGCCGCCACAGACAGUGCCUUUACCGAGAGCCUCUGCCGGCCUUCAACUGCCCACCACAAUGCCCCAAAAGCUGAACUCCAAUUCCGGUAGCUCGGGCUCAGCGACAGGGAACCCGCGGAACAAAUGUGCUCUAAAGCCAGGCUACUCACUGAUGAGCUGGAUACGGCUGUGCAAUUCUGGAGCAGACCUCUCGGGGACUAAUGGACGGGUGGUUCCUGUUACCAGAAGCGAGUUGGCCCAGCACAACAAGGUUACUGAUGCUUGGAUGGCCAUUCGCGGCAGGGUGUUCAAUGUAACUCGAUACAUGGAUUUUCAUCCAGGCGGAGUGGAUGAGCUACUGCGUGGAGUUGGCCGAGAUGCUACAGCAUUGUUCGACGAAGUCCAUGCCUGGGUAAACUAUCCACAGCUGCUGGGAAAAUGCUACAUAGGACCAUUAAAGGAGAAUGCCGCUGGGCCACUGACGGCGGCUGAUCCUCUUACGAUAGAAACACGCGAAUCAAAACCGGUGGAGAUUGUUCCACGCUUCGAUUGGAUACAGCAAAGAAGCGAAGUAACCCUAUUCUUCUAUACUCGAAGCUUCUCCAAUCCCGGAUUGUUUGUGAGAAGGAAAGAUCCGCAGCAGCUGGUGGCGCGUGUUUUGUUGGAGAACAGCGGGCACACGUUUGACUUUCAGUUGGCUGGCAAGGUGGAGUGGCCACCGAAGGCCGUGCGAGUCGGCGCUGAGACUGGAAAGAUUGAACUGGUCUUGGCUAAGGAAGAGCCAGCUCCAUGGACUUCUUACGGCACGCACACGUCUAGUAAACUUUACUUACAAGAGGAAACGUAUGAAUACGAGGUGUUAGACGCUAACGAUUUCAACCACGACUCUUUUGAGCUGAGUUUACAGAGCGUUCAGAAGGAGGUACUAAUGGUCCUACCAGUGGGCUAUCAUUUAAACAUACAAGUCCCUGUGAAUGGGGAUGUCAUCCAGCGAAGCUAUACGCCAGUCGAUCACAAUUAUUUGCCAUCCGAAACGAACUCCCUGGCGAGUUCUGUGUGCUUGCACUUUCUGAUUAAGCGAUAUACUAACGGGCCUGUCUCAAGUUACUUACAUCGACUGCAACCAGGCUCUCGGGUCCAUUUAAGCUCGCCUCGCGGCGGUUUCAUGCUCUCCGAACUAACCGCGAAUAGAAACAUUAUUCUACUGGCAGCUGGAAGCGGUCUUACACCUAUUUUAAGUCUGAUACCCCAUCUACUAAAGCGGAACACAAAUCGCAUCGAAUCCCUGCACCUGUUUUACUUUAACAAAACUGAAGCGGACAUCUGGCUGAGGGAGAAACUGCAGAAUCUGCAAACCCAGGACGAGCGCUUUAACUGCACCCACAUACUGUCGCAGGCGGAGGAGCAGCCGCAACGAAUAUCGUCCGAACUGCUGGCUCCCCUGUUCAAGGAAAAGCAGCCGGAUAGGUGUACUUAUGCGGCGAUUUGUGGACCCAGCCCCUUCAACACUGCUGCCGUCGAUGUACUGAAGAGUCUGAAUGUAAUGCCGAAUCAGAUGCAUGUCUUUCGCGGUUAAAAAGAUGCACCUAAUCGUUUGGGCUGGAUUAAUUUUCAUUCAUUUUAUUUGCUAUGCAGCAAAUAAUUCUGAUUUAGUUUUUUUUUGUGAUUUUUACAUGUUUUUGUUUCAAUAAUUUAAUAAGUUUAACAAAUACUAGAAAAUGUUUGUUGGAUUUGUUUUGUUUUGCUCGUUGCCAGGCAAAUCAUCGUUCUGUUCGGUUCUUGUCGUCGCAACCAUCUUCUCUCAGUUAUGCCAUCACACACAUUUUGCUAAUGUAAUAUUGUAAAUUGUAUAUAAAGAACAACCAAAAAAGUAACCAGGUGGAGGGCGAACAGGGCAUACAGAAAAUAAAGAGAAACAGGAGCCACAUA